AAUAACCCCCAAUGAGAAAAUAGAAAUAAGAGUCUUAGGAACCCGAAAACAUUGAUGAGAUAACAAUUCAAAUACUAUGUAAAUUUCAUAUUUAUUUUCACAAAAUGUCUGAAAUGGAAGGUGGAUUGUUCUUUAUUAUGGAGGGCUUAUUAAAUAAGGAUUAUCGCGGUGUAAAUAUUGCCGUGUACAGCUUGGCUACUGCAGGCUUAGCGCUUGCGAUACACAAAGUCCGUCCGGUUAGCAAGUUUUCGAAAGCAUCUAAAAUUCCAGAGCAUUUUAUAAAACAACAUGAACCACUUAGAGGUGUGUAUGUUGGAGUAAAACACUCACCAGUGAGGGUGUUAGUCAAUCACAAGGCACCAAUUUACAUACCAUUAUGGCAUUCCAGCAAACCUCCUCUACCAGUUAAGUUAUGGGGUGUUGAUAUAGUCAGCCCAAAUGCUGUUAAUUGGCUAGAUUGUGUUGCAAAAGGCCAGAAGGUUACUUUAAAGCCCAUGACCUGUGACAAAGAUGAAUUGGUUUCAACAGUACUUUUGCAUCUACCACAACCAAAGACUAAAUCAGAAGAAACCUUAGAUAUAGGACAGAAACUUAUUGAACUUGGGUUUGCUAAAGCUUUACUUCCACAAGGCAUUAAGAAAAAUAGUAUGGAAUCUAAAUUAGCACCAGUGUUACUUAAUGCUGAAAAUAAAGCAAAAAGUCUUAGAAAUGGUAUUUGGUCAGAUAAGUUACCACCCAUUCCCAGCUAUGUUGCAUAUUGGAGGAAAGGGUCAACAUUGAGUAAAGAACUAAUGGUGAUGUCUUCAAGGAAAAUCAUGGAAAUUUUAAUUUUCAUAUUAAAAGGUACCUUUGUAGGAGUAAAAAAAAUUUCCCUUAGACCUUUCAAAUCUAAUACUAAGCCAGUGCAGGCAACAUAAGGCAAUUUACUUUAAUGUAUUCAAAAUUAUGACAGUACCAAUUGUGUUAUGAAAUUUAUAAUUUUUUGGUCACUUUGUCUUCUAUUACUCAUGUUUAGUGAACUAACAAAUUCUAUUCUGUAUAUAAUUGUUGAAAAUAAAGUUACUACUUCUAUAA